ACACACACACUCACACACACACGCACAUUGGAUCAGCAGCCUGAUUACCCAACAUGAGUCCCGGUCUUUGUGAGCUAGACGCUGUAACGCUAGCUGUCCCCGGACCCGUUCUAGAUGGUAUCUCACCUCGGACCAGGUCCUAAGAAGCCCCCGUCCCUUUCAGAUGCUAAUCCGAGUGGGUUCGGACCGUCAGACCAUCUGGAGCUCCUGUUGUGUUCCGGCUCUCAGGACAUCGUGGUCCCUCUGAGAUCCGUUUACCGCGUCCGUCAUUCAGCCCGGCCCGGAGGACAACAGUCUGGGACGGAGAUCGCAUUUCAAAGAUGUUAAAGCACAAACGGCUGCGGUCGUAACGUUGUGUUCUUUCACUCAGGAGCCGAUGAGAAGAGAGAUGGAGGAAGCCUUGUGUGUGUGAGCCAAAUGGAAGGAGCUGGCUCAGAGCGGACUUUAGACCCCAGUCGAGCAGCACUGGUUUUAGCAUUAGGAUCAGCAUUGGAAAUCGUAUUGGAGGAUGAGGUACAUUAAUAAAGUGUAUUAGUAGUAACACAGAAUCAUAAAGCAGAAGGUGAUAAAGGAAGGCUGCAACAUAGUCACAAACCAAGUAGUAUCGGUGCUACUAAUGGCCGUGGUAUUAGCAUUAGCAUUAGCAUUCAUGGAUCAUCUGGAAACCAAGUGAAAGGAACCAAGGUCAUGAGGAGAACCUCCAUAGAACCUCCAUGAGGUCCCUGCCUCUACAAGGUCCUGAAGCCGCUGUUAUGGCCUCCAUCACGCUCCGUUUCCACUGCAUGAACAAAGGUCUUUGAAGGAACCGGCAGAUGAAGAGAAUCCAUCUGCCGGUGAGUGGUGAAGGCCCGUCUUCAUCAGAACGCCAGACGGGAACCUCAGGGAACCGUUCCUUCAAACACCGGCUUCUGCUGAACUCUGGAUGAUCCUAGGAAGGUCUGUCUGUAGUGAGACCCACGUUGACCAGUGGUGGGUCCAUUCUCUGCCCCUAGAUAUGAACUCUAGGCUCCCCUUAUCCUGCAGGCAGUCCGUACACACAAACAUGCGUAUUAAAAGAUUAUCUCAUGAACACAACAGACAGUUUUUUGUCAGAGAGAAACCCAGUAGCCCGCUGAACUUGGGCUUCUCCCGUGAGACGCUGGCCAUUUGGAAGUCAAUGUCCACGUCAGUACAGAGCGCUAUUGUAGGGAACCCUACAAAGGAGGGCCCGUGUUGCCAUGGAGACCGUGGAGAAGGGGAGGUAAGAGGUUUAACGACGUUACCGGUAAAAGUAUAAAUAUCCUCACAAGCGUUGAAGGUAUUCGCUGCGAAGUGAGGGCGUGAGUUAUCAGUUGGAGAGCCAUGACGGUGCGCUGACCCCAUCCGACCGUUCAUCCCAUCGACAUACGCCAUGGCUUCUGUUUGGGUGCUUCUGAUGCUGCUGCCGGUCGCAUGGACGUGCUCGCCCCAAAAAGCAGACUACGUGAUGGUCUCGUGUUUCCCCAACGCCAUCAUCGCCAACGUCCCUGAGUGUCCGUACGGCUGGGAGAUCGGACAGCUGUCCCUGGGAGGCGUGUGCUACACGGGCGCGGUCAGCGGCGGGUACUUCCGGUUCAUCAUCCCCGACCUCACGCCCAAGAACCACUCGUACUGCGGCACCAUGGCCGAGUAUCUGCCGGGGAAAGACCCCAAGCACAUCUUCUACAACUCCAUCGUGUCCAACGACACCUCUCUGACGGUGAGGAACCAGCCGGUGAACUACACCUUCAGCUGCAGCUACCGGGCGGCCUACCUGGUCAACAACGCGGUGUUCAGCCAGAGAGUGGCCACAGUUUAUGUGAACAACGGCAGUUUAGGCACUUUUAAAUCGCAGUUGUCUAUGAACGUGUUCACGAACUCCAAGUUCCUGUACGCUAAGGACGCGCCCUACGUCAUCGACACCUCUGAGAUCGGCUCAGAGGUCUUCAUCGGCAUCGAGGCCAAAGGACUCAGUAACAGGUUUAAAGUGGUGAUCGGCAACUGCUGGGCCACGCCCACCCCGUACUCAACAGACAAGAAGAGGUGGAGCCUCAUUCUGAACAGCUGCUCCUCUGACAACACGGUGACCAUAUUCGAGAACGCCAAGGACAGCCGCUCCAUGUUCAAGUUCAACUCCUUCCGCUUCCAGCGCUUCGAGAAGGUCUCCACGGUGUGGCUGCACUGCGAGAUCACCGUCUGUGACGGCGAGCGGCUCGUCUGCACGCCGAGUCCCUGCUCAUCCAGAACCCUGCGGUCGGAGGCAGAACCCAGUGGGGGGGUUCUUAGCACAGAGUUCCAGAUUAGAGCCCCCCGGACCGCCAACAAGGCCCCCACAACAGAGGCCUCCGUCGGCCUGGUGUCGGUGGUGCUGGCCGGUCUGUUCGGUCUGAUGUACGGAUUUCAGAUGGAGGGACUGCAGUAAGGGAGCAGACAACACGGACCUUUCACUACUUUAUCCACUCCUUGUAUAUCCACGACGCUCACUGCAUGUGUGCACACACGUGCACACACCUGCACACACACCUGCACACACACACACACACACACACACACACACACACACACACACACACACACACACACACACACACACACACACACACACACACACACACACACACACACACACACACACAGAGUGCCACCAGGACUCAGGGAGAGAGUGGACAGAUUUGUCAAUAUUAAUUAUUUGUCAAUUAUUUGAGAAAUUUACUAUAAGACUAAACAUAAGUGUCAUAUAUUGUGUUCAUGUUGACGUGGAAUGUGCCUGGAAUAACAAUAACAUAAUUCUAAUAUUUUGUACAUAAAUUGUCAAUUUCACCUGUAGAUGUAUUAAUGUAAUGAAUAUAUUGGUCUAGUUUUUUCAUUUACACAUAAAAGAUAGAGUAUCCACAUGGAGAAUAUUAAAAGAGCUCUUAAAAUGUAAUCUGAUGUCAUUGCUCCAAAUAUAAAUAAA